GUCUCAGUCUUCACUGAGAGAGUCCUGGGUUUCCACGAUAAAUAAUUCAUAGAGAGUGUGUAGUUGCUGGUUUCAGUAGCCCAUUUUGUUCCUUCUUUCUUUUGUUUUCUUCACAGGUUGUCAUAUAUUGUUUCUCUUGACCUCCAUUCUCCAAUCUUGCCAUAUGGUAUAAGCUUUCCUCAUCUAUUGUCAUGUACUUUUAGCUAAUUUCACUGUUUGUUGUGCCACUUGUUUCAUAAAUUCUGAAUUUUUUUUUUUCUAUUUCUUGGUACCUAUGAUUUAGUUGCUGCAAAAAUUACCCAAUUUAAGUAGCUGUGGAUAUCUUUGUUUUUAUGAUUGGGUUAGAAAGUUGUGAUCUUUGAAGUGUGGGAAGAUUGUGCCACUUGUUUCAUAAAUUCUGAACACAAAAUUCAUUUCUUGAUACCUAUGCUUUAGUUGCUGCAAAAAUUACCCAAUUUGAGAAGCUGUGGAUAUCUUUGUUUUUAUGAUUGGUUUAGAAAGCUGUGAUAUUUGGAGUGUGUGAAGAUUGUGCCACUUGUUUCAUAAAUUCUCAACAAAAAAAUCCAUUUCUUGAUUCCUAUGCUUUAGUUGCUGCAAAAAUUACCCAAUUUAAGAAGUUGUGGAUAUAUUUGUUGUUAUGAUUGGGUUAGAAAGCUGUGAUAUUUGAAGUGUGUGAAGAUGAUAGCUUGGUAGGCAGCAAUGUCAUUUGCCUGCUGUCUGCCAAUUAUUGAAUGUGUGUACUGUUUAGGGUGUGCCCGUUGGGCGUGGAAGAAGUUCCUUUAUACUGCUGGCCGGGAAAGCGAGAACUGGGGCCUUGCAACUGCAAGUGAAUUUGAACCUGUGCCUAGGAUUUGUAGGUAUAUUCUAUCUGUUUAUGAGGAUGAUAUUAGGAACCCGCGUUGGGCCCCACCUGGAGGGUAUGGUGUUGAUCCGGAUUGGAUAGUAGUGAGGAGAGAUUAUGAUUUCACUCAAGGAAACGUAGCGCCUUAUAUGAUAUACCUGAAUCAUGAGAAUGAGGAAAUAGUUUUAGCUAUUAGGGGUCUUAAUUUGGCGAAGGAGAGUGACUAUCUUGUCCUGCUGGACGACAAACUCGGGCAGGCUGAAUUUGAUGGGGGUUUUGUUCAUAAUGGGCUGCUGAAGUCGGCUCGAUGGGUUUUGGAAAAAGAUUCGAAGAUUUUGGAAGAACUGAUUGGGAGGUAUCCAAACUAUACCUUGACAUUUGCGGGGCAUUCUUUAGGGGCCGGAGUGGUGACAUUGUUGGCAAUGCUGGCUGUGAAGAACCCGGAUCAAUUAGGUAAUGUCGAGAGAAGAAGGAUCAGAUGCUAUGCUUUCGCUCCUGCAAGGUGUGUAUCGCUAAAUUUGGCAGUCAGAUAUGCAGAUGUCAUCAAUUCUAUUGUAUUGCAGGAUGAUUUCUUACCUCGGACUACCGUGGGACAGGAAAAUUUCUUCAAGUCACUUUUCUGUUUCCCAUGUGUGUUCUGCGUAACGUGUCUGAAAGACACAUGCACUAUGGAGGAGAAGAUGCUUACCGAUCCAAGGCGCCUCUACGCACCUGGUCGUCUUUAUCACAUUAUUGCCAGGAAACCCUUCAGCUUGGCAGAGAUAUCACCCGUUGUCCGGACAGCCAUACCCGUGGAUGGGCGGUUUGAACACAUUGUCCUUUCUCACAACAUGAUGGCUGAUCAUGCAAUUAUUCGCAUAUUGAAAGAAUCUCAAAGAACGCUUGAUACAAUGUUGGAGAGAGAACACGCAAUGGGUAUUCCUACGCAGCAGAGAAUGGAGCGGCAGGCCUCUCUUGCGAAAGAGCACAGGGAGGAACACAAGGCGGCAUUGCAGCGGGCAGUUGCGCUGGAUGUUCCCCAAGCGUAUUCACCUUCUUAUGGCACUUUUGGUGAAGAUGAGGAAGGAGAGAAAUACAGAAUUCCUCAAGAGUCCUCUUUCAGAACAUUCAAAGUAAGAAGAGAAAACUGGGAUGAUUUAGCCCGGCGCCUUUUUAGCAAAGACUAGUUUGGCUGAAUGGUGCUGAGUGAGGAAAUCACCAUGGCAACACCCCAACAUAUAAUCAUAGCUUAAUUAGGAAAUAUAUGCAUAAUGUCCAUCCCCCUUCUCAUUUUUGGUGUUCUCAGAUAAUAAACUUGAGUGCAUAGCUAGUGAUGGUCAGUGAAAUUAUUUAAUUGUUUUGAGGUGUAAUUUUUAAUAGAAAAUUUCACUUUUAAUUCCUUAA